AUGCCUUUGAACCUAGCUCGGUGCGGAGGGGGUGUUCUCCAACACCUCCAGCUUAGCGAGGCCUUCUCUCGUCCCGUUCGCCAGGCCAUCUCUCAGAGCCAUGUUAGACGCAUGUCCCUCGCCGCUCUGAGUCGCUUCUCAACCCCCAAUGUCAGAUAUGCACCUCUUUCCGCUGCCAUCUCCGGACACCUGACCAGCGGCUAUGCGACUGCGGCUUCCCCCAAGGGGGGCGCCAGCACCAAAUCGACUUCCACCAAGACGACCAAGUCUACGAAGUCCACCAAGACUACCAAGAAGCCCCGGGCGAAGAAGGUGCUCACCGAUGAGCAAAAAGCCGCCAAGAAGGAAGCUAAGGAGAAGAGCGACUUGAGACAGCUUGUGAAGCAGCUGAAGGCCGCCUCUCUUACGCCGCCCAAGAGGCUCACCAACCACUUCACCCUGACUAUGCUGAGCAAGCUUGAGGAGGUCAAGAAGGAAGGAAAGGGAUUGAAGGGCAAGGAGGCAUUCAAGGAGGCCGCCGACCGUGCCAAGAACAUCAGUGAAGCGGAGCGCGAGCAAUUUGUCGCUACUGCUGCUACCAACAAGGAAGCUUACGAGAAGGAAUACAAGGAGUGGCUUGACUCGCACAGCCCCUUGGAGAUCAAGCAAGCCAACGACGCCCGGCGAAGACUCGCCCAGAUCCAGAACAAGAAGUUCUUCCCUCUUCAUGACCCUCGCCUAGUCAAGCGCUCCAAGAUCGCGUAUCUGUUCUACGCCGAGGAACGCCAUCAGGCUGGUGACCUCAAGCACAUGCCCAUCCCCGAGCGUGGUGUGCGGAUUGCGGAAGAAUGGCGAGGCAUGACCGCUGCAGAGAAACAGAAAUACGUGCGACUUCAAGAAGUCGAUGCCGACCGGUACGCCCGGGAAUACAAGGUCGUCUAUGGCGAGGAUCCCCCCUAUGUGGGAAAGAACGCGACUAAAUGA